AUGCUUCCUCUCGCCACCAACAGCCGUACGCGUUCCGCCGCUCGUGAUGUACUCGAACGUACUAGCGGAUACCUGACUGACCUCGACGAGGCGGCGAUGAACGAGGUAUGGGGCUACGAGCUCCAUAAUCUUACCUACGACGCCUACGUCACCGACCUAAUGGACAUGUAUCAAGAAUUCUUCGUCCCUCUCACCCAGGCCGACCCUCACGGCUACAAAUCCAGCACAUCUUAUUUGAAGGACAUAAAGCACCGACCACUCUUCAAGCCAUUUCUGGACCAGAUGGCUGCCUUCCUCUCCUUCCUACCGGUGCGCUCCUGUCCUCUAACUCGCAAGAUCCACACCACUAUGAAGUCAUACCCUGCCGACCUACACGAGGAAUUUGGAACGUGGACUAGCAAGAACCCCGGCUGGAAGCUCGACUACACCACCGAUCCUGAUUGGGACCGAUGGCUUGAGGAGGAGUUCAGAGGUACCGGUCUGGCGAGGGAAUUUGACGCGAUCAAGGCGGACAAUAGAGUGAUCGGCGGAGACCUCGUGCGGUACCUCCUAGUGUUAAUCGAGGGGGGUCUUUACACCGAUUCGGAUACUGCAGCAGAACUUCCCGUCGCUCAAUGGGGCGAGAAGUUCUUCGAACAGCCGGUCCCUCGCCUUCCCUACGACAUACUGAGCGACAUUGAUGAUGUGCUUCCCGCAUGCGUCUCGCAGAAGCAGAUGGAAGAUCAGGAUCAGGACAAAGAACAAGAUGACCCGCCAUCUUUCAUUAUCGCCCAAGAAUUUGACUAUGUGGACUGGCGGCAUCAGGACAAGGCCAGCCGGCGGGAGGUGUCCCAAUGGACCUUUUACGCUGCCAGAGGUCAUCCGAUACUCCUUGACGCUCUGGGAAGGUCUUUACGCGCAGUCAAGGAGAAACGCCUCCGCAUGGGAGGCGGCAAGUGGGAAAUGUCAGGGUUCCACGAAAUUCUACGCCUAGCAGGCCCAACAUCUCUUGCGAACGCUCUCCAGCGAUACUUGAUCGUGCGUUACGGAAUCACGCCCGAGAAGCUUCCCGGGAUUACGACCUCCCUACGUAUCGGCGACGUACUGUAA